UUUUUCCACCCUCAAGAUACUAUUUGUUUACAUUCUGCGUCCAACAUAACCUCACAGUCGCUGUGUUUGACAUCCCCGCACUCUGGCAACACUUGCUAUAAAAUGACGUGUUCGUUUGUGGUCGCAGAGCGGCGCUGUUGGUGCAGAAGUGUGUUGCGCUGGAAAAGCCGUGAAAAGUGGUGGAAAAUGGAGUGAUAUCGCGCGGUGUCUCUGCACCAGACAGUUCCACGCGUUCUCCGUGAUCGUGGACGCAAGAUGAAAAAGAGCAAAAGCCCCAACGAUUACUCCAAGUAUGAGAAAGUACCGCAAGACGUGAAGCAGGACAGCGAAGUGUGUUUUGGGGGCAGCGGCAGCAACAGACAGGAAUCGAUUGCGGCUGACGUGAACACUGCUCUCGGCCCGGAGAUGCUCCUGUCCACGGUCGAAUCGUCCAUUCUGUCCGCCAGCGAAGUGGCCGGUCGUCUGCACGUGGACCUGCGGAGUGGCCUGCGCUGGUCAGAGGCGACAUAUCGUGCAAAAAUAGUGGGCUUCAAUGAGCUGCACGCGCCCGAGGAUGAUCCAACGUGGAAGAAGUACAUUCAGCAGUUCAAGAACCCGCUCAUUCUUCUGCUUUUGGGUUCCGCCCUCGUCAGCAUUUGCAUGAAGCAAUUCGAUGACGCAGUCAGUAUUACAAUAGCAAUCAUCAUUGUGGUCACUGUGGCUUUCAUCCAGGAAUAUAGAUCGGAGAAGAGCUUGGAGGAAUUGAAAAAACUAGUCCCGCCCGAAUGCCAUUGCCUGCGUGAGGGGCGUGUUGAGACCUUCUUGGCGCGUGAGCUUGUGCCCGGCGACAUUGUCUAUCUCAAUGUGGGCGAUCGUGUUCCAGCCGAUGUGCGCAUCUAUGAGGCGAUUGAUUUGUCCAUCGACGAGUCGAGCUUCACGGGCGAAACAGAGCCGGCCAAGAAGACCGCCGACGUGAUGUUCCAUCAUGGGAUGCACAACAAGGAUCACACGACGAUGAAGAACAUCGCCUUCAUGGGCACCCUUGUGCGCUGUGGCAGCGGCAAGGGUGUGGUGGUGAGCACGGGUGAGAAGAGUGAGUUCGGCGAGGUGUUCAAGAUGAUGCAGGCCGAGGAGGCGCCCAAGACGCCACUGCAGAAGUCAAUGGAUAUCCUCGGGGCGCAGCUGAGCUUCUACUCUUUCUGCAUCAUCGGUGUGAUUAUGCUACUCGGUUGGCUGCAGGGCAAGGCGCUCACGGAGAUGUUUAACAUCAGCGUGAGCUUGGCCGUGGCGGCAAUUCCCGAGGGUCUGCCCAUUGUUGUCACGGUGACACUGGCACUGGGCGUGAUGCGAAUGGCGAAGAGGAGCUGCAUCGUGAAGAAGUUGCCCACGGUGGAGACUCUGGGGUGUGUGAAUGUCAUCUGCUCGGACAAGACGGGCACCAUCACGAAGAAUGAAAUGACCGUGACGGUGAUCAUCACGUCGGAUGGCUACAUGGCGGACGUCACGGGCGCCGGCUACAAUGACUGCGGUGAGAUUCACAUUCGCGAUUGCAACAGUCACGAGCAGGCGAAGCAGAGCAUCAUGAACUUGCUGGAAGUGGGCGCAGUGUGCAAUAAUGCUGUGAUCCAGGGUGAAACGCUGCUCGGACAGCCGACGGAGGGUGCUCUCCUGGCUGUGGCCAUGAAGGGCGGCCUGUAUGCCGCGGCGGAGAAGUAUGUGCGCGUGCAGGAGUAUCCAUUCAGCUCUGAGCAGAAGAUGAUGGCGGUGAAGCUGUACCCGAAGUAUGGCAAUGCGAAGGAGGAGAUCUUCUUCGUGAAGGGCGCCCUGGAGAUCCUGCUGCCGCAGUGCACCAAGUACAUGUUUGGCGGCCAAGUGGUGCCGCUGACGAAGAAGAACGAGGCGGAGUUCAUGACGGAGGCCUAUGAGGUGGGCCGCAAGGGGCUGCGCGUGCUGGCCUUGGCCAAGGGCAGAAGCUUCCAGGACCUCGUGUUCAUGGGCAUUGUCGGGCUGACAGAUCCGCCGCGACCACUCGUGCGGGAGUCGAUUGAGAUACUCAUGAGGAGCGGCGUGCGUGUGAAGAUGGUCACGGGCGAUUCUCAGGAGACAGCAAUUGCCGUCGCGUCACUCAUUGGACUGGAUGUGGUGCAUCAGCAGGCGAUUUCGGGUCAAGAAAUGGAUCAGCUGAGUGAUAUUCAGUUGGAGAAGAUUAUCAACAACGUGAGUGUGUUCUACAGAGUGACGCCGAAGCACAAGUUGGCCAUCGUGAAGGCGCUGCAGCAGACAGGCAACAUUGUGGGCAUGACUGGCGACGGCGUGAACGACGGCGUGGCACUCAAGAGGGCGGACAUUGGCAUUGCCAUGGGCAAAAAUGGCACGGAUGUGUGCAAGGAAGCGGCUGACAUGAUACUCGUUGAUGAUGAUUUCCACACCAUCAUUGCUGCAAUUGAGGAGGGCAAGGCAAUCUUCUACAACAUUCGCAAUUUCGUGCGAUUCCAGCUGAGCACGAGCAUCGCCGCACUGUCUCUCAUCGCUCUGGCCACGCUCAUGGGCAUCGCAAAUCCUCUGAACGCUAUGCAAAUUCUCUGGAUCAACAUCAUUAUGGAUGGGCCGCCGGCGCAGUCGCUGGGCGUGGAGCCGGUGGAUCAGGAUGUGCUGAAGCAGAAGCCGCGCAACGUGCGCCAGCCUAUGAUCACGCGCUCGGUGAUUGUGAAUGUGUUACUGUCGGCCAGCAUCAUCAUCCUGGGCACGCUGUGGGUGUUCCAGCGCGAGAUGGCGGACGGCUCGGGUGGCAAGACGAAGCGUGACACGACGAUGACAUUCACGUGCUUCGUGCUGUUCGACAUGUUCAAUGCGCUGAGUUGCCGCUCGCAGACGAAGAGUGUAUUCCAGAUUGGGCUGUUCAGCAACAAGAUGUUCCUGCUCGCGGUGGGCUUUUCGCUGCUCGGGCAGCUGCUCGUGAUCUACUUCCCGCCACUGCAGAUGGUGUUCCAGACGGAGGCACUCACGGCCAUGGAUCUGCUGUUCCUCGUCUCGCUCACGUCGUCUGUGUUCAUUGUGUCGGAGCUGAAGAAGUGGUUUGAGCGCUCAAUGGAGAGGCGAAUGUACAAGAAUCGCUCAGAAAUGGAUUUCGUAUGACAGUCAGCCCACGCUGGAAGAUUGCAUAUGGAUUGAAGAAACAAAAAGAAAAAAAAAUGUUUGACGACACGCGAAGCGCUGACGAAGGAAGUCAACAGCAGAGGACAAAAUGUUCCUUCUUUUACUUCAACAACUAUAUUUCCCGCCCCGAAGAGAUGAAUGUAAGAAAAAAAACCUUGGAAAACAGAGCAAAUCUCAAACACUCGUCUGGAGGGUUUACAUUCUGGCCAUGUUAAGAGAAGAGAUGAAAAAGAGUUUCCAGUUCUCCCUUUGCUUCACAAGUUUGCUUUUUGCUUUACAACAACACACUUCGGUGUGUGUGUGUGUGUAAAGGAAAAGUAUAUCUUUUUUCUACAGUCUCUGAAGAUGAAACUCAAAAGAUAUUAUUUUCCAUUGAUUUUCGUGAGAUGAUGAAUCAGUUGAAGAGGAAAAAAAAACAGAUCACUGGAGUGACAAAAAAGGGGGAAAAAUGACGGAAAGAUAUCAUUGUUUGUGCCUAUAAAUGGAACAAUAAUGUUUAAAGGAGAAAAUAGUUGGGUAGACAUAAAUUCUUUGCGUUAAAAAUCCAUACAAAAUGUUUAUUUAUUUUCCGCAAUUCAUUUAAUUUAGGCUUAUAAUCAUACAAAGAAGAAAAACCUGAGAGGCGAUUAGGAACAACUCUGUAGAAUUUAUUUUAGCUGUAAAACUGGAUUUUUUUUUAAAGUAGUAUAUAUAUAUUUUAUAUGUAUUGAAUGUCUUUAUUUACCCCCUGGUUAGAAAAGCGACGUGAAGAGCGGAAGGAAGUGAAGAAAAAGAUACUGAAAAUAAUUUGUUGCUACUGAUUGUGAUAUUACGAAAUAAGCAGCUCUUUUUUUUGCCAAGUUAGUUUAUUAAUUUUGCAAAAUGAUUAUUUGAUAAAAUUCACUCUAUAACUUAGCCAGAAACAUAAUUAUAUAUUUAUUCACAAUUUAGCUAAUGGAACUAAUCAAUAACAUUUGAUGUGGUGUUUAGAAACAGAAACAAUUAACCAGCAGAAUGACAAUUCUAACUCUCUCAGCUCUGUUUUGGCUCUCGAAGUGGUGUGAAAAAAUUAGUCAGAAGCAAUCCUUUAUUUAUAUUUGACUGUCCUUUUAAGCACAUUUUCUCUCCUUUACGAAGUUUCGCGAUUAUUGUUAUUUCCUUUUAGAUUUUAUGCUUUUGACGCACCGUUUUUUCAAUGCAUUUCACACUUAUUUCUUCGUCUAAAGAAAGUAACUUUCUCGCAUGAGAUUCAAACAACAUCAUAGUUUGAUGACUCAAGGCGAUGUCCUUUGAACACGAUCAGUUUCCUGCAUGACUCUGACGCCAUUGAGAGCGCUAAACAAGAGCUUUUCAUCCCAAUUUGCCCUCCAAGUAAAUUUCACAAAGAAAUGAAGAUGAAUUCGAUGGACCAAAGAUAUUUUCUGUUAACAUUGGCUAAUCGAAAAUUGUUAUGAUUUCUCUUUGACAUUGUCAAUCCAUUUGAACUAUCCCUUCUGUGUCCCUCCAUCAAGGAAGAAGAAAGAAAGCAAAAAAGGAAAGGAAAUCUCUCUAGCGAUAAUGUAACCACAUAUGUAAUAAACCUAAUAAUAAUACAUAUAGAAAGAUGAAAACUAAAUGAUUUGUAUGGUUAUCAAAGUAACAGUCGUUGUCUAACACAAAAGAUGAAUUUGGGUGAAAUGAAGACACAUAUUGCUAAUCAGAUAAAAAAAAAGAUGAUGAAAAAUAGGUAAGAAGUAAAAGAUGUAUUAAGAAAAUCAGUGAAUUGAGUCAAAGGCAAACAUGAAAAGUUUAUAUGGCAUAAAAUCUUCUAGCGUGAGGAGAAAUUGAUUGACAUUGUGGCGAUUUUUUGUACUGAAGAAACCUAAAAUGAAAUUUAUCAAAAAAGAAGAAAAAAAACGUUGCAUUAAGAAGUAGGAAAUAUUAAAUUGACGAUUGUCAAUAUUUCUAAAGAAGAAAAAUAGGUGAGACAAUAGUAAGAUUUUUUGGUUUAGUCAAUUUCCAGUUUGAUGUUCGUGUAGACAAAUGCUAAAGGAUUUUCACAAAAAUUGCACUUCUUAACGAAAAGUCGUCAGCACACGUUUAUGCUUUUAAAUUGUGAGUGAGAAAAAGAGAGAGAGAGAGAGAGAGAGAAAAAUAUCACGCAUUUUCCAAUUUGAUAUUAACUAUAAAAAAAACACUUUUAGAUGGAUGAGAACAAGAUUCACUGAAAUAUUAGUACUUACAUUGAUAUAAAAAAUAUAUUUAUUAAUUGUUGUGUGAUGAUAAAAGAACUCUUUGUAAAACCUGUGACAUUUUUUUACAAGGUUCCCUUUCGAAACUUUCUUGCAUUUGGCUUUUUGCGCUAAUGCGAACGCUAUAAUUGAUGUUAUAAACUUGAUGAUAAGAGAGGCAAAGAUGAUGGAAUAUAUCUUAAAUAAUCCUAUGCGAAGUUGAGUAUAAAGGAAAAAAAAAGAAAAGCAUGAAACAUUAAUGGCAUAACUUAAUCACAUUCAUAACUUCAAUCAAAUAUGAGAAAUGGAAUCGACAAAGACAUGAUGUUAAUUUAACAGUAACGUUCAAAUGAGUGAAGCAUAUCUAAAAGCAUCAUGAAAGAGAGGAUUUGUUUGAGGACAAAUUUCGCAUUGAAUUCAUAUCACACACGCUCGUUUUUUGUCUCUGCGGCGAGCGCAAGAGAGUUGAAUAAAUUCGCACAAAUUUUUGGCAAAACAUUCUUCGCAAUUUGUAGACGAGUUCAAUGGCAACAUUACCUAUUCGCUUUGUAAUCUUGUAGGACAGGAAGCAAAAGGAAACAUUCUAAUGACCAAUAAAAAACCACUAAUUAUGUAUUACAAUUAUAAA